AUGGCCGUCAUUCCUUUUUCUGAUCAUGCUUCGCCCUUCGACAAGCUGUUCGACUCGGAUCUCCAUACCCCUCCCUUCGACCCUUACCAGCAACAGCAACAGCAACAGGAACAGCCCCAACAGCAACAGCAACAGCCUCAAACAACUCCUUCCAACAACGCUCUCCCCUCCGAGGCUGACAUCUCUGCUCUCUUUGGCUUGGCCCCAGCUCAAGGACCAUCUCCUGUCCAUCCUAUUCACCCCUCCACUGCAGCUCCUAUUUCAGUCCCGCAUCGCACUACAGCGUCUCCGAACCCCCCGAGCCCCCCCGUGCUGUCGACAUUGGCUCCUCUUGCCCCAGUAGCAGCGCACUACUCCUCGAUUCAACACAACCACGUCUCUCAGGAAAAGAGUCUGAUCUCCCCUAUUCCCGCCUCCCCAACCUUCUACAAUGGCUCCGCACCACCAACACUGUCAUCAUACACACCUGCAACUUCCAAUGCCUACCAGGCGACUGCCUACCAGGCGACUGUCCCAACAGCCAAUGCACCUGCGACCAAGAGGUUAGCGCACCACCCAUACCCCACCUACGACGCCAAUACCUAUGACCAGACGCAACAAGCGUAUGCUGCUGAACUUCCAGUACAACAAUAUCAGCAGUAUGAUAACUCGGCAGCAUAUCAGCAAUACAAUAGUAACAGCUGCAACAACAUCAAUGACUACAGCCAGCAUGGAUUCGGCUACACUGUCGAGAAUACACCUCCCAAAAAGACCCAUGCCGCUGCCGAUCCCCUCAUGCUCAAUGCUCCUACUCGGUCCAUCUUUUCAAGGUUCGGAGGAAGCGCCGCGAGUGACCUCUCAACUGAGAGCCAUAAUGCGUUCGCUCCAAAGCUCAAGGUCGCCGCAAGCUACGUUUCCAGUACACUGGCUGUGACAUCAACCUUUGCUUCCGAAAAACUCGCGACGGCGUCGACCAAGAUUGCGGAUCUUUGGCAGCAGAACCAACACUCGCUCCCUCAACAACAACCUCAACAGCAACCCCAAUUUCAACAGCAGCAGCAGCAGCAGCAGCAACAGCAGGAUGCGCUGUACAACCAUGGCCCCUAUUACGGAAAAUCUACAGAAGCGUCAAUUGCACCUCCCACUAUUAAUAGUGACGACUUCAGCAACCAAAGUGACAUGCAGCAUCAACAACAAUCACAACAAGCACAAUAUUCAUAUGAAGGACAGGGGCUCAACACAAACCCUACUUUCAAUUCAAAUUAUCAAUCCUCGUACAACAUCAACAAUAACAAUAACAACAACGGCUACAGCAACAUUACACCUACAGGGGCAGGAGCAUACUGCACAAACGACUACAGCACUCGCAGUCCGUUUGCCUCGACAGCCACCUCUACACUUUCGAAUGCUGCCUCCGUUGCAGGCUCAUACCUGCCCAGUCUUUCGAAGCUUCCAGCACUACCUGCUCUUUCGGCCCUCCCAGCCCUUCGAUCCCUUCCCGCGCUUCCCUGGGCCAGCCGUGACAAGAACCAAUUGCCCCAGCAACAACCUGUGUCGAGUCAUCAGUACCACCAGUAUCCUGUGGACCAGAAGCAGCAGCCAGAGGCCAUUUAUGGGUCAUACGCGCCUUCUCAGGAUGCGACCUACCGGCAGACGCAAGAUCAGCAGCAGCAACAACAACAACAACAGGAACAGCAGCAAGGAUACGGCUCCCAGUACAAUGCGGCGAAUUGGUGGGGAGGCAUCAGGAACGAGGUUCAGAGGGGCCGGCGGAUGGUGGAAACAGGCGUUCAAGUUGGCGUUGCCUGGUGGUGGGAUUCAGAGAAGAACCCUCUUGGCGGGGUCGUGUAG